GCCGCGCCGGGGCUCGGGUCCCGUGGGCCCGGCGCUAAAUUUAAAAACUUAACCGCUGCCAGCGGCUGCCUCCGGAAACGAAAGCAAAGUCGCCCCAAGGCCGCCUCCCGGAUUCUCGCGGCCCGUCGCGCGCCGCGCUACCCGGAAUAGACCCUCCUCCCGCCAUUUUCGACCCGCUCCGGGCAGGCCCCGCGCCCCGAGGGCUGAGGCCUGCUCGCUCGCGCAGGGAGGAGCCGGGCGCCAUGGCGGGCGGCGGGGACGGCGGGGACGGGGCUCGCGCCCGGCAGCACGUGUUCCUGCUCCCAGAAUAUUUCAAAGAUGCUUCAAAGAAGGCAAAAAGUGGACUUAUGAUUGUAAAACUGGUUAACCCAUGUACAGGGGAAGGAGCCAUGUACUUGUUCAAUAUGUAUCUACAGCAGCUGUUUGAAAUAAAAGUUUUCAAGGAAAAACACCAUUCUUGGUUUAUAAAUCAAUCAGUUCAAUCAGGGGGUCUUCUCCACUUUGCCACACCUAUGGACCCUCUAUUUCUGCUUCUCCACUACUUUAUAAAGGCUGAUAAAGAGGGAAAGUUUCAGCCCCUAGAUCAAGUUGUGGUAGAUGAUACAUUUCCCAAUUGCAUCUUAUUGCUGAAACUUCGUGAACUUGAGAAGUUACUUCCACAUGUGACAGAGGAAAAAGAAAUAGGCAACAAGAAAUAUUACAAGUACAGCAAAGAGAAGACAUUAAAAUGGCUGGGAAAAAAGGUUAAUCAGACUGUGGCAGCAUUAAAAAACAAUAAUGUGAAUGUCAGUGCCCAUGUACAGUCAACUGCGUUUUUCUCUAGUUGCCAAACUUCAAAUGACAAGGAAGAGGAUUAUAUUCGUUAUGCCCAUGGCCUGAUAUCUGAUUACAUCCCUAAAGAAUUAAGUGAUGAUUUAUCUAAAUAUUUAAAACUUCCAGAAACUCCACCUCCAUUGUCAGCCCCUCCAUCAAAGGUUGCAGCACAAAGACGGAAAAGGGACAAAUGACAGCAGAUUCAUGUUGGCUUGACUGCAUCUUGUGUGACUAAAGACAGUCCCAAAGUGCUACAACUUCUCCUGCACCUUCUAGAAUAUCAACAUAUGCCAAAAGGUGUAUUUAAAGGCACUAACUCUGCAUACAUAAUUCUUUGAUAGUACUACUAGCCCUCUUGGGCAGCAGCCCUUUUCCCUGGAGGCUAUUCGGGUCAUCAGGUUUGAAAGCACCCUCAGAGUGUGAACCUGCACAUAGUCUGAGGAACUGAAGGGCCAUCACCCAUCUUCCCCUAGCUUAGCCUACUGUAAAAGUGGAUUUUUAAAGUACAGUGCUUUCAAUUUCAAAAACUUUGAAAAAGCCUCCUGAAACUUGGGUCAUAUCUUAAACUCAACCAAAUGUGACCUUUUUUGCUCUUGGAGAGCAUGCUUUAGUAUGUGUGUGGUGACUAUAAGUACUUGAUUCCACACUGGAAGUUUUGACAAACCAAGUUUCUACUUUAGGAAAAAAAAAAAAAAUGCUUCACCUUUCUUUACUAUUUACUGAUUUUGGCAGCUUCUAAUUCAUAAUAGUACCUGAAGUCUUGGAGUUAUAAAUAUUGCUUUAUUUUUAAAAGGUCUGUCAUUUCUCUAUUACCACUAUUAUUGUUAUUACAAUGAUGAUGAAGAUGAUGAUGAUGAUGAUAAUUUAGAGUUAGGGCAUAGGAUAUGAGGGAGACUUGAAAGUAGACUCCAAAGAGCAAUUUAGUGGGGAAUUUUGAUGUGUAGUAUGUUUCAGGAGGUUUGUGUAAAAACUUGUUCAGGCAUUUGAGCUGGUUCGUUCACUUGACAUGAAAGAGGAACAGGGCGGAAGCUGCCCGAGUGAUCUUCCUGCAUUCAGACAUUCAAAGAGGACCCCAAACCUCCUUUUCAGAAAAUAAUUUUGGUUUAGACUCUCUAACUCUAUUGAGUAAAUUCAGGAAAGUAAUUUUUUUAUAUACUUCUUUUCACACAUAGAAAUUUUCUAUAGCCUCGAGGGACUUUUAGUAUUCCUGUGCUUCUGUAGUUGAUCCAUGAAUCCUCCUUUUCAAUAACCCACAGCAAGUCAGCUUUGGAAUUCAGCAUGUAUUACAAGCUGUUUGGGUAAGAAUCAAGAGCCUGACACAUAAUUCAGCACAGUUGUAGAAUUAAAAUCUGGCUUUUUUCUGUCUCCUUGCAUAAUCCCAAACACCAUCCUUGGAGACAGUGUAUGGCUUGGCCCGUAGCAGUCACCAGAGCAACACUGAAGUUUUACUGCUGAGUAUGCCGUGUGCCCUUCAGCAAAUCACUUAGGCUCUCAGGACACAGGAACAGACUAACAUGAUGGCUGACCCCUAGCACUCCCACCCCUGGAAAGACCUUUGUGAGACUUUUGAGUGGGUGCCCCAACCUGAUAUGUCUGAAGCGUCUCCCAAGCUGAAAAAGACUUUUUGAAAAGUUCUGUUUUUUCUACUAGCUUCACUUAUCAACUAUGUUCCUCUGCCCCUUGCCUUCUAUGAUUAUAUACAUACAUAAUCUGUAUACACACACACACUCACACUCACACUCACUCAUUGCCUCAAAUUUAAUCUCCCCACUGACCAGAACCACUGGACACUGAUUUUGCAUAAAUUAUCACUAGAAGCCCCACUUUUUUACCUGUGCCCCAAUUUUGUUCCAUGACCUCUGAACUUUGCAAUCAUCCUAACACCUUCAACACACCUAAAAUUAUAAAAUUUAAUUAAUUUUUCCUUUAUACUCGUUAUUCAUGAUGCAUGCCCUAAAAAGCCAGAGAAAGGAAAAACAAUCUCUUCCCCACUUCACCCAGGCUUCUCUAGGUAACUUUAUCCUUUUCUUACUCAAUUUCCAAUAUCUAGUUCCUAUCCUUUAACUAGCAUCCCUAUAGUCAUUUUUCAUUGAGUUUACUUCACUAUUUUAACUAAAAACCAAAUCCUAAGCUCUCCUUCAGAAAUUAAAACUGCUCAGCUUUCCUCUCCACACCCACUGCCUGCAAGGGUAAGCUGCUUGUCACCUGGAUCCGCAGCUCUCUGGAGAGCUCAUGGUUCUAUUUCCACAGAACUGACUGUUCCACAUUCAGCUCAAGAAUCUCUGAUCCACAUAUUGUUAAGAACUUUUAGAAAACAGUGAUGCUCGAAACCAAAAAGGAUAUGAUAAAUGGGUCGUCCAGGGAAGAAUAUAAGAAAGUACAACUUUUGGAAGCCAACUUAGAAAUAAAUCUCAAAAGCCUUAUUAACAUUUUCUAUUCCCUUUGCAUCUGCAAUACGUGCUGCUAAAAAGAUAAGCUUAGGAAAUGAUCAUGAAUGUCAUGCAAAGAUUUAGCUGUAAGAGUAUUUGUUGUAGGACUGUAUAAAUAGUAAGUAGAAAAAAGCUAAACUGGAAGACUGAGGGAAGUUACCUUAAAAAUUAGUAUUAAAAGUACAAAUAAUAUUUCUUUUCCUUUUGUCUUCUUAUUUGCCUCCUUAUAGUAGACACUUCUUAUUAUAAACAUGCAUUAUAUUAAUAUAGAAACAAUAACCUUAAAAUAGUUUAUACCAUUAGUUCCUUAAAUAUUUUUCUCUCAAGAUUUUAAUUUUAAUUUUUGUGUCUCAUUUUGUGCUCUGUGCUAAAUAUUCAUGUGGAUGCUUAGCAAAUACUUUAAUCAAAUGAUUGCUCUUCUACCCUUAAACCUUUAAGAAUGUCCCUAUUAUUGAUUCCUUGACUCCCCUGACCAGUCAAAAUAUAUGUUAUGCUUUAACUUGUGUGUUUGACAUGAGUAUGGAUGGUGAAAUGAAUUAGUUUUGUUUUGAAGAGUUACUAAGAACCCUAGAAAUCAUUGCAGAUGCUCUGGGGUAUUUCACAACCAGAACUGAGAAUGACUGUUCUUGUCUCCAAAACUGAAGUGAAGACAAAAAACAUGACUGAUUGAAAACGUUCAGAAAAUAAUGUUUCAUAAUUGUUGAUAUCCAGCCUUUGCUGUUUUUUUUUUUUUCUUAGCAGAUUGCUCAAUUUAACAGGAAGAACUAGUCUUCCCCACAAGCUCCCCCCACACAAACAUCAGUUUCAUUUCACACUUUUCAGUGGUUUCUCAUUGCUCUCAGUAACCAUCUCUCUUACAGCCACACUACCUUUUUAAAUCUUCUCUCAUGCCUUGCUUACUCUAAUUACAUGACUUUUAGCCUUGUUUCCUUACCUGGAAUGUUCUGCAAACUUCUAAUUAUCGAAAUCCUGAUCUUCCCUCUGCUUUGCUUGACCCUAGUUUGCCAUGAGAAACAUUAGGAAGUCUCUCCUGACCUCCAGUUCAGGUCAGAGCUUCCUGUGGCAGCUCUACCUCUUCUUCCUGGAUCUAUCAGAGAUGUGUUUGUAUUUUAAGUAUAAUGAUUAGAUGAAUAUUUUGCUCCCCAAUACACAGAAGUUCAAGAAGGCAGAGACUGUUUCGUCUCAUCAUUUGUGCAAAAACAAGCAACGAGAAACCACUGUAAGGUUUGAAAUGAAACUGAUGUUUGUGUGUGGGGGUGGGAGGCUUUGGGGGAGACUAUAGUUCUUCCUGUUUAAAAAAAUAAAAAUUUGUUCUUGCACAAAUAACAUGGGAGCAUGCUGAGGCUACUAUCCUCCAGAAGGCCUGCUUUCAAGGUUGGUCCUUGGUUGAUGUCUGGUCUCAACAGGUAAACAAUUCCUAAUACUGAUAUGCCUUAGUGGCUCACUCCCUUUUUGUACAGACAAUGUGACUUAUUUGAACACUUUUCUGGUGAGGUGGAGUUUUGGAAGGUGCUAGCUAGAUGCCUGCAUGACCAGUCCCCAUGAAAGCUGUAGGCCACUGUCUUUUAUGGGUUUUCCUGGGCCCUGAACUGCGUGCAUGUUGCUGCAUUUUCACUGCUGGGGUGCACUCCUUUGUAAUUACCCACACAGAAGGGAGAGAAAACAUUGGAGGGUUUCACAUGCUUUUUGCAGGUCACCUGUAUCUUUCCCCCUGUGAGUCAGCUGUGUGUCCUAACUACACUAUUAUUAUAAAUUUUAGCUAUGAAUACAACCCCUGUGAGUCCUUAUAACAAAUAUUUGAAUAUGGGAGUGGUUUUGAGGACCCUCACAUGCUUAGUAUUCACCAGAACCUUACACACCCUAUCUGUGAUUUAAUUAGGGGGCUGCUGCCAAUUUUUUGAAAUGAAACUGAAAAUGACUGAAAAGGACUAAGGGCUAAGACUUAGGGCUAAGUCUACUAUGGAAAUUCUCACGAGAGCUAAGAUAUCUUAUAAUUUAUCAACUACAUCCUAAUGACCCAAAUGAUGUACAUACUUCUAAAAAAGACAGAAUAAAAAAUGAUUCAGGAAAUUGAACAUAGUCAAAGCCUAUCAGAAUUAAUUUUU